CUGAUUUUUUUUGGGGGGGUUUGUAGUAUCCACUGCCAAUGAGUACGCGUGCAAAGGGCUGGAUAAGCUGGAGGAGAAGCUGCCCAUCCUGCAGCAGCCCGCCGAGAAGGUGGUGGCAGGGACCAGGGAGUUGUUGUCGUGCACGAUGGUGGGCGUGCGGGAAGCGGUGAGCGGCGCGGUGGGCAUGGCCUAUGGGGCGGUGUGGGGCGGCGUGGAGAGGACACGGCGGGUGCUGAGCUGCAGCGUCGGCACCGUGGCGGGCACCCGUCUGGGUCAGCUGCUGGCAAGCGGGACCGGCACGGUGCUGGAGAAAUCGGAGGAGCUGGUGGAGCAUUACCUGCCCGGGAUGGAUGAGGAGCCGGCGGAUGGCACCGAGGUGACACCGAGGGAGCAGCGGCGGCGGCGGCAGAGCUGCAUGGUGCGCGUGGGCUCGCUCUCGGCCAAGCUGCGGCACCGUGCCCUGCGGCGCUCCCUGGGCGAGCUGCAGUGGGCCCGGCACAGCGCUCAGCAAGCCCUCAACCGCCUGCACCGCAUCAUCGAGCUGAUCGAGCAGGGCCGGCGCGGCGUGGACGGCUCGUUGCAAGGCGCCCGGCAGCACCUGCACCGCAUGUGGCUGGAGUGGAGCCUGCAGGACGAUGCGCCCAUGGAGGACAACCAAGUGGAGGCCCGGACCAUGGCCAUGCUGCGAGGGCUCCUGGGGCAGCUGCGAGCCGCCUGCGCCCACCUCCCCGUCCGCGGGCUGCCGAGCGGCGUGCGGGACACGGUGGGGCACGUGCGGCACGGCGUGGAGGGAUUGCACGCCUCCCUGGCGCGCGCCCGCUCUUUCCACGACCUGUCGGGCAUGGUGCUGGAGCAGAGCCGGCAGCGCGUGCUGCAAGCGCAGCUGAGCAUCGACGAGCUCCUGGAGUACGUGGGGCAGCACGCGCCCCUGCCCUGGAUCGUGGGACCCUUCGCCCCCGUCCUCGUGGAGUACCCGGAGGACUGCCCCAUCGAGAUGGCCAAGUGGAACGGGUGCGUGUGCGUGGGACAUGGGGAGAGCACUGUGCUUGGCGACUGCACGGAGGAAAGCCAACCCCCAUGGGGCCAGCGGCAGGAGGACGGACUCGGUGGCCCGGCCUGGGACCCCUGAUGCCAGCAGGGGACGGUGGCACGUGGAUAACGCCCGCCUUGCCCGCGUCCCCGAGCCCGGGUGGCGUCAGGAUUUCGUGCCUUAGCAGCUUUUGGAGUACGUGGAAGAGCGAGAUACAAAACAA